AUGGCUAAACCCAGAUACUUGACCGACACCGAACGGGCCAAAGUGUUGGAGUUCCAGGACAUGAUCCACUACAGCCCCAGGUACAGCGACGACACCCACGAAUACAGACAUGUGAUGCUCCCCAAGAACAUGCUCAAGGCCAUUCCCCAGGACUACUUCAACCCAGAGACAGGCACUCUUCGUAUAUUGUUGGAGGAGGAAUGGAGAGGGUUGGGCAUCACCCAAUCGUUGGGUUGGGCCCACUACGAGACACACGCCCCCGAGCCCCACAUCUUGUUGUUCAAGAGACCCAUGAACUACGGCCAGUAG